AUGGACCUAACCCUGCUUUACACCCAACGCGGCCAAACCCUCCACAGCCACCGCCAAUCGGACAUGCAUGCCACCAUCCAAAUCCCUUCCCAUUUUCUUCACGCCGAUUGCGGCUCUUCAGUCCCAAACCCUGACCGGCGAUGUUACAGCAGCUUCCCGGCCAACGGGGAAGCCAGUAGUAGCUCAUGUUCCCCGGCCAACAAGAGAAAAGCGGAGUUCGAAGCUGAAGAUGCGGAAAAGGGGAAGGGGACUACUGUAAAGGAAGAAGAAGCAGGGGAGGAAAAAUCAGUGAUCACCACGAAAACCGGCAGAGGCAUUUCGUGCUCCAAUGUUUCAGAGGUCAAAAAGCCCGAUUACGUUCACGUCCGGGCUCGUCGGGGUCAGGCCACCGACAGUCACAGCCUAGCCGAAAGAGCAAGAAGGGAGAAAAUAAGCAAAAAGAUGAAAUGUCUGCAAGAUUUAGUGCCCGGGUGUAAUAAGGUUACCGGUAAAGCUGGGAUGCUUGAUGAGAUUAUAAACUAUGUUCAGUCCCUACAGAAGCAAGUGGAGUUCCUCUCGAUGAAGCUGGCUACAGUUAACCCAAGGCUCGAUUACUGCAUCGAUAGUACCUUCGCAAAAGAAAUGCCCGCAUAUAUUUCCAGUCAACCAGCAGCAACACAGCUCGAGUUGCCAAAUCCGACGUGUUUCCAGUAUAAUAAUACAAUGCAACACGGGACCUCAAGCAGCGGAUUAAGCGAUGUGGCGAUUGAUCAACCUCAGAUUUUAUCCCAAAAGCCAGGACAAAUCCCGGAAGUGUUUCUGGAUUCAUCUUUUAUCUCUCAAUUGCAGCAGCUGUCUGGUUGGGAAUCAGAUUGGCCCAGCCUAUUCAAUUAG